AUGGCUAACAUGAAGCGUCUCGUGGCGCUGGGCUCAUUUGUUCUCUUUGCUUUCUUCCUAUUCCUCUCGAGGGCGGAGGCUAAGGGCCCAAAGAUCACCAACAAGGUCUAUUUUGAAAUUCAGCAUGGGGAUAAACCAUUAGGAAAAAUCGUUAUGGGUCUCUAUGGCAAGACCGUUCCAAAGACCACAGAGAACUUCCGUGCUUUGGCCACUGGCGAGAAGGGCUUUGGCUAUGAGGGCUCUACCUUCCAUCGUGUCAUUAAAGACUUUAUGAUUCAGGGCGGUGACUUCACCAACCAUGACGGCACGGGCGGAAAAUCCAUCUACGGCUCAAAAUUCCCCGAUGAGAAUUUCAAGCUCCGCCACACCAAGAAGGGUCUCUUGAGCAUGGCUAACGCAGGCCCCGAUACGAACGGAUCCCAAUUCUUCAUCACCACCGCGGUUACGAGCUGGCUGGAUGGCCGCCACGUCGUUUUCGGUGAAGUCCUCGAAGGCUACGAUAUCGUCGACGCCAUCCAGAACGUAGCCAAAGGAGUGGGUGACAAACCAGCGGAAGACAUCAAGAUCGCCAAAAGCGGAGAAAUCCAAAUGGAACCGGAAGGUAGCCGCCGUGGUCGAUUUCGCACAUAUUUUGAAUCCCCGAUGUAUGAUCCUGCGAAGCGACAAUAG